CGUCUCCUCAGUCUAGUGCACCGGCUGUAAGGCGGCACAUCGACCCGUCUGUCCGACCAGCAACGGGGAGCAGAGAAUAAGGGACAAUCUCUCCGAGCAAAACUCUGCUUCUGCGCUCGCUUCUUAUUGUGAACUUGUCUUCAUCACUACUCUUCACCUCGAACUCCUUCUUCUCCCCUCAAAAUGACUGGUGGCCCUCUGACAGGGCUGCUGGUUGCGCUGUGCGUAAGCAGCGCAGUCCACGCUGUGCCAAAGACGCAGCAGAGGAGACAGACGGGCCAGUAUCAGGUGUAUCCUGAGCUCCGCGACGCAGAGGCUCUCUCUCAAGUCGGGUGUGAGGAAAACGGUCGCUCGUACAGACCGAACGAGCAGUGGGAGAAACCGUACCUCGGCAGUAUACUGGUGUGCACCUGCGAUGGAGCCGCAGGCAUCAAAUGCAAAUCUAAACCCGAAGCGGUGGACUCCUGUUAUGACAAGAACAAUGACCGGACAUACCGGGUCGGUGAAACCUAUGAGAGACCAAAGGACGGCAUGAUGUGGGACUGUACCUGCAUUGGUUCUAGUCGGGGCAAGAUCAGCUGCACCAUCGCAAAUCGUUGCCAUGAAGGUGGCAGCUCUUACAAAAUCGGGGACACCUGGCAGAGGCCUCACGAAUCCGCUGACUACAUGCUGGAGUGUGUGUGUCUGGGAAACGGCAAAGGAGAGUGGACAUGCAAACCUGUGGCUGAGCGUUGCUAUGACAACAGCGCUGCAUCAUCCUAUGUCGUGGGGGAGACCUGGGAGAAACCGUACCAAGGCUGGAUGAUGCUGGACUGCACGUGUCUGGGAGAGGGCAAUGGACGCAUCACAUGCACCUCUAGAAACCGCUGCAACGACCAGGACCCCAAGACGUCGUACCGCAUCGGAGACACCUGGACGAAGACAGACACAAGUGGACAAGCCCUUCAGUGUCUGUGCUUAGGAAACGGCCGUGGAGAGUGGAAGUGUGAAAGACACAACGCAGGCCGAACCACAGGUGCUCUUGUUUUGACCCCCACCCAUGCCGUGCUCCAGAAGCGUGUCGACCCCCCCAUGGAGGGAACCUGCCGCACGGACUCCGGAGCCACCUACUACGAUGGGCAGCACUGGAUCAGAAACCAGGGCAGCCAGCAGAUGCAAUGUACCUGUCUGGGCAACGGCAUCAGCUGUCAGGAACGGGAGACCAGAAACCACGCGUAUGGUGGGAACUCUGCCGGCCAGCCGUGUGAGUUCCCCUUCGUCUACAGGGGGAAGACCUACUACUCCUGCACCUCGGACGGACGCUCAGACGGGCAGCUCUGGUGCUCUACAUCCUCAGACUAUGACAAAGACAAACAAUACUCCUUCUGUACCGAGAAGAAUGUCAUUGUGGCAACACGAGGCGGCAACUCCAACGGCGCCCUGUGCAGCUUCCCCUUCCUCUACAGCGGCCGCAACUACACCGACUGCACGGCUGACGGGCGCCGUGAUGGCAUGAGGUGGUGCGGUACCACCUACGACUACGACGCAGAGCAGCACUUUGGAUUCUGCCCCAUGGCCGCCCACGAGGAGGUUUGUACCACCAACGAUGGAGUGAUGCACCGUGUCGGCGACAAGUGGGACAAACCCCACGACGUCAUGGGUCACAUGAUGGAGUGCACGUGCCUGGGUAGCGGCCGUGGGGAGUGGAGCUGCGUUGCUCACUCACAGCUGCGAGAUCAGUGUAUCGUUGAAGGCCUCAACUAUGAAGUAAACCAGGAGUUCUCCAAACGCCACGACGAGGGCUACACGAUGAACUGCACCUGCUACGGGCAGGGACGUGGACGCUGGAAGUGUGACGCUGUCGAUCAGUGUCAGGAGCCGCAAACCAGGGAGUUCCAUCAGAUCGGAGAGACUUGGGACAAAGUCAUCCAUGGCAUCCAGUACCGCUGUUAUUGCAAUGGCAACGGGAUCGGAGAGUUGAGAUGUGAACCCCAGCAGACUUACCAAGACGGCCACAGACCCGUCCAGGUGAUCAUCACCGAGGCCGGAAAACAGCCAGACUCCCACCCCAUCCAGUGGAACGCCCCUUCAUCUGUUCACAUCACCCAGUACAUCCUCAAAUGGAGAAUUAAAAAUGCACGAGCACCCUGGAGGGAGGUCAACAUCCCCGGCCACCUCAACUCCUACACCAUCGGUGGGCUGCGUCCCGGCAUCACAUACGAGGGUCAGCUGAUCAGCAUCCUGCGCUACGGACGCCGCGAGGUCACGCGCUUCGAUUUCACUACUACCCACGGCUCCUUGGAGACGUCUGAGGGAGAGACGACGCAGCUUCCUGCAGAGGUGGACACCUCGGAGUCAGUGACGGAGAUCACCUCAAACAGCUUUGUCGUGUCCUGGACGUCGGCCUCUUCUACCAUCUCUGGCUUCAGGGUGGAGUAUGAGCUCAGCGAAGACGGGGCGAAGCCGAAAGUCCUGGAUGUUCCCCGCUCGGCCAACUCUAUCACCAUCCCUGAUCUGCUGCCAGGACGCAGGUACAACAUCAACGUCUUCGAGCUCCCACAUCAGGGUCAGCCGAACCUCAUCCUGACCACGUCUCAGACCACAGCUCCGGACGCACCUGCCCAGCAUGCUGUGGAUGAGGUGGCCGAGAGCUCCAUCCGAAUCAGCUGGUCCAAACCUCAGGCUCCAAUCACUGGUUACCGUGUGGUGUACACGCCGUCGGUGGAAGGCAGCAGCACGGAGCUGAACCUGCCGGACUCAGAGACUUCAGUGACCCUGGUUGACCUUCGCCCCGGCCUGCUGUACAACAUCAGCAUCUACGCCGUGGAGGAGAAUCAGGAGAGCGAGCCUGUGUUCGUACAGGUCAACACCAUUGGAUCUCCUCUGCCUGAGGAGGUCCCGGCGCCCACAGACCUGCAGUUCUACCAGAUUUCAGACGUGAAGAUCACCAUAACCUGGACCGGUCCACCCAGCGAGGUGUCUGGUUACAGGGUGAUCUUCUCCCCCGUUGGCCCUGAUGGCACCGACACGAGGCCCCUUCAGCUGCCCAUCUCCCCCAACGCAUAUGCUGACAUCACCCACCUGCAGCCAGGCAAACUCUACCGCUUCUACAUCUACGCCAUCAGUGGCGGAGUAGAAAGCGAGCCACUCGUUGGACAAACCUCUACCAAACCUGAUUCUCCCACCAAUGUUCACUUCACUGACAUCGGGACUGACAAUGCGAUUGUCACCUGGGAGGCGCCUCGUGCCAUCGUGACCGGCUACCGUCUCUUCCUGACCAUCGAGGGCUCCACCCCCAUCGAGAAGAGGAUCCCGGGCCGGGUCACUCAAUUCCCGCUGAAGAAUCUGCGGCCAGACACCCAGUACACUGCCCUUCUGCACUCUGAGCUGGACAACCAGCUCAGUGAGGCCGUCACUACGUACUUUACUACCGCCCCCGAGAUAGGAAAUGCUCCACCUUUUAGCACAGAGGUCACUGACGCCUCUAUCAUCAUCACCUGGAUACCUCUCCCCAGGUUCAGCUACAAGCUGUCGGUGCUGCCCAGCCAGGAAGGCGAGUCUCCCAGAGAAGAGACCUCUGACUCUGGACGUAUUUUUAUCCCGGAUUUGAUUUCUGGAAAUCAGUACACCUACAGUGUUCAGCCCAUCUUCAACGGACGCAACCGUGGACGCCCAAUCAACCGCAACGUUGUCACUUCCUUGUCUCCUCCCACUGACCUCAGAGUGGAGUCCAACCCGAACACAGGAGCUCUCACUGUCCACUGGGUCGCCUCCAAAACACCAGGCCUCACAGGCUACAGGGUGACGAGCACGCCGACCAACGGCCAGCGAGGAAACUCCCUGGAGGAGUUGGCCCGAGCCGAUCAGACCUCGUUCAUCCUAGAGAACUUUGAUCUGGGGGUGGAGUACAACAUCAGCGUCUUCACCACAAAGGGCCAUUUGGAAAGUGUGCCCGUGUCCACUAUUGUCACCCCAGAAAUCCCCACACCGAGUCACAUUGACUUUAUCGACAUUACUGACACCACCAUUGGCCUGCGCUGGAUCCCGCCCAACUAUACUGCCAUUACUGGCUACCGGAUAAUGGUAGUGACAUCAGGCGAGAGCUUGCCAAUUUUUCAAGAUAUGGUGGAAGCAUCUGCUGGUUAUUACACGAUUCGCGGGUUGGAGCCCGGCGUGGAAUAUGACAUCAGUAUCGUCACUGUUACGGAGGAGGGGGAAAGCGAGCCGACCACACACACAAAGCAAACACAAGCUGCCAUUCCCGCUCCCACCAACCUGCAGUUUGGAGGAGUGGGUCCUGAUCACAUCAGGGUGACCUGGACCGUCCCACAUGUGGCCACACCGAGCGACAUCUCUCGGUUUGUCAUCCGUUACCACCCUGUGGCCACAGAUGAUGACAUUAAGGAGGUGAAUGUGGGCGGAGCCACCAACACCUUCCUGCUGCAGAACCUGCUGCCCAACACAGAUUACCGCAUCAGUGUGGUGUGUGUGUACGGUGAACGAGAGAGUCAACCAGCCACAGGAACUCAGAGGACAACUCUGGACUCCCCCACUGGCUUGGACUUCUCUGGAAUCCAGACCAACUCCUUCACCGUUCACUGGCUCGCUCCAACCGCCGCCAUCACCGGCUACCGCAUCCGCUAUCAGCAGACGAGCGGCGGGCGGACCAAGGACGAGAGGCUGCCCCCGACCAGGAACCGCUUCACCCUGACUGGACUGACCCCAGAGACGGAGUACCUGAUAUAUGUGUAUGCUGUCAACAACAAUCAGGAGAGUCAGCCUCUAACUGGCACACAGGCCACCAUCUCUGAUGCUCCCACUGAUCUGACGGUAACAUCGUCCACCCCCUCCAGCAUCACCAUCCGCUGGGACGCCCCCUCUGUCGCAGUGAGGAACUACCGGAUCACCUACGGAGGGACAAGUGGCGAGACUCCUCAAGAAUUCAUCAUCCCCGGCACGCAGACCACCGCCACCAUCACCGGUCUCACCCCUGGUUCCGAUUACACCAUCACAGUCUACGCUGUGAGUGGACGAGGGGACAGCCCUACCUCCAACACGCCGGUCUACAUCACACACAAGACGGAUAUUGAGACUCCCACUGACAUGAAAGUAAGCGAUGUGAGCGACAACGCCAUCACAGUGCGCUGGUCUCCUGCUCAGGGGCCAAUCAGAGGCUACAGGGUCACCAGUGUGCCAAAGAACGGGCUGGGACCCUCCUACUCUGAAGUGUUGGCUCCUGAUCAGACACAGAUAACAUUCACAGGUCUGAUGCCCACUGCGGAGUACGUUGUUAGUGUGUACGCCCUGGGCAACGAUGGACAGCCCUCUUCCCCUGCAGUGGACAACACCAUCACCGCUAUGGAUCGUCCCAAGGACCUGACCUUCUCCGACAUCGACUCCACCUCCAUGCGCAUCACUUGGGAAAGCCCCGACGGCACAGUGACAUCAUACCGCGUCGUGUACUCCAGCUCAGAGGAGGGCGACAGGGAGCUGCGUCCUGCACCCAGAGGUGACCAGGACACUGUGCUGCUGAGAGGCCUCCGCCCCGGGACCGAGUACACGGUGAAAGUCUUCGCCCUCCAUGGCCGCACACCCAGCACGCCCUUAGUGGGAACUCAGGCCACAGUGAUCCCUGCUCCGACCAACCUGGUGAUCACAGGGGUCAACCCCUCUACCUUCACUGUGUCGUGGCAAGCCCCCACUGCUCGCCUGACAGGCUACCGUGUGGUCAUCAUCCCCAAGAACAUCAACAGCCCCACCAAAGAGCUGAAUGUCGCUCCAGACACCACGCGUGUCCUCGUACCCGGGCUCAUGGUGGCAACCACGUACCAGAUACAGGUCUACGCUCUGAAGAACUCUGUUUCCAGCAGACCACUGGAGGGAGAGACCACCACACUGGAAGAAGUGAGUCCUCCUCGCCGCGUGCGUAUCACUGAUGUGAAGGACUCUUCCUUCACCCUGAACUGGCGCACCAAGAUUGAAACCAUCAGUGGUUUCCUGAUCGAUGCCACGCCCAUCGGUGACUCGCGCCCAACCAUCAGCAGGACCAUCCCAGGAGAGACGCGCACCUACACGCUCACAGGUCUGCAGCCUGGCACCAUGUACACUGUAGAUCUGUACACUCUGAAUGGCAACACAAGGAGUGCUCCGCUUACACUCACGAUUCAAACAGCUCAACCUGUGGUCCAGGCUCCCACCAACGUUCAGUUCACAUCUUUGACCCCCACCUCCAUCUCCUUCACCUGGCAGCCUCCUGCCACGCACAUCACAGGAUACUACAUCACCUACGAGGAGUCAGGCAGAGCGCCACGAGAGCUGCUCCCUCAACCCCACGCCGGUCAGAACUACGCCACCGUCUCUGGCCUGAGACCAGCCACAGAGUACAUCAUCAAGAUCAUUGCCAUCCAGAACACACAGAGGAGCACGCCUCUGGUGGGCAGAAUCAGGACUCAACCAGACUCCCUGCUUACCCUGCCUCUGCCCAACAUCCCUAGAGGUGACGACAAGCUGGAUGUGCCAGAAACUCACUCGGGCAAUAGAGUCAAUGUAGUGGGCCCCAAUGGCCAUGAUGGGCCUGGUGAUCACAACCAGCGUGUGGAGUACACAGAGUAUAACAACAAUGGAGACAACAGUUUUAUUGGGAACAGUGGCCAACCACAGUUUCCCAAUGGGCAAGUGCGUGAGCCCCUGGUCUUUGUGCCCAUCCCUGAUGCAGAGGGCCGCAGGUUGCCCAUACUGAAGCUGAACGUGCCCGUCGGCGCCACGUUUGGUAACGAGACGGGGGUGCCACAGGAGGCCCAAACUCAGACCACCAUCUCCUGGAAGCCUUACAGCCAGAGCGACGCCUACCUGGUGUCCUGCCAUCCUCUCACACACUUAAAUGAGAAGAUGUUCACGGUCCGUCUGCCAGACACAGCCACCACUGCCACCCUGAUAGGACUCACCCCUGGAGCCAACUACAAGGUGCUCGUGGAGGCUCUGAUGGGGGCGCUCAAACACAAGAUUCUGGAGCAGGUUGUCACUGCUGGAAACAUAAUCCCAGAAGGAGUAACCUCUACUGGGGACUCGUGUUACGAUGCCUUUACUGCAACCCACCAUGAUGUUGGCGGCGAGUGGGAGCGGAUGUCUGAGACCGGCUUCAAGCUGUGGUGCACGUGCCUGGGUCUGGGAAGUGGCCACUUCAGAUGUGAUUCAUCCAAGUGGUGCCAUGACAACGGCGUCAACCAUCGCAUUGGAGAGAAGUGGGACCGCCGCGCAGAGAACGGUCACCUGAUGAGCUGCACUUGUUUGGGAAACGGCAAAGGAGAGUUCAAGUGUGAACCACAUGAAUCCACGUGCUACGAUGACGGGAAAACGUACCAGGUGGGCAACCAGUGGCAGAAGGAGUACCUGGGCGCCAUCUGUUCCUGCACAUGCUUUGGAGGUCAACAGGGCUGGAGAUGUGAGAACUGCCGCAGACCAGGUGCUGAUGUUGAUUUCAGCCUGCUGCAGCCUGUGAGAUAUGGAGACAACAACCUGCACAAAGUGAAUAUUCAUUGCCCCAUCGAGUGCCUCCGACCCGAGCUGCUGGCAGACGCACACGCUCCUCCAAAUCCCCGGGAAUAAAAGGAUCAGUCGUCCAACAUCUGCUUUGCUCCCUCACCGUCCAUUCGCUGCACUGUCUCACCCUGUAGAAGCCACGCUGUCUGCGACUGAACCGAACCAACUGCCUGAUCACUUUCUGACACGUUUAGCCAAAGAUGUUACAACACCUCGCUGCCUGAUCGAAUCAUUAUCUUUUAUCAUCAUUACCAAAGUCUCUAAAUUCAUGCUCUGCUGGAAAAUUAAGAUUCUUGACAGACAAUAUUCCUUCCAGGGAAGUAAUUUCGGGCUUGUCAGCAGUUCUAUUUAUAUUCUUGUCAAACUGACAUUGGUUUCCCGUUUAAAAGUUCAGAAACAUUCGCUCAUCGAAAGAGCAGGAACUGUCAGAAAGUAAGCACUGUUAAAGAAUGUCGAUGUAGUGUUGUCUAUGAAAAUGUGCUUCUCUUUUCCUGUAGCCCCUCUUCUGUCCCCUAGGGGUCGCACUGUGUGUGAUUGACACUUUCUUAAACCCUGAAUAUCUUUGUACUAAUUUAUCCCUUUAAUCUCAACGUGUGAAUGUGUGAACUGGGAUGUGAGAAGUUGAACUGUUCUAUUUUUGUACUUUGUUGUAAGUGCCAAAGUUGUUUCUAUCUUUGACAGAAAGGUCCCUUGUUUUAAUAAAGCUGGAGAAAUCCUGAAACCUAA